CGUGAUCAGCUGGUGGGGAUUAGUAAAAGGAUAUGAUUGCAGAUCGUGAUAUGUCUUCAUGUCUCAUGAUCUGUCUGUGAUGGUUUCACAAGUUUGUUGUAAUAUUGGAUGGCUGACUUUUGAAGGGUGAGCUCCCAUCAUGUUGGUGGACCGCCCAAUCCCGGGGCAUAUCACCGGGCUGUACAUCUUCACUGUACUCAACCUGUUUGCAAUGCUCAACGUCUCACUCGUCAGCGGUGAAGUCACUGUCCUGGACAUCAAACAGAAUAAGACGAUUGUCAUCUUCGAAGAUAUGGAAGCCAUUUUUGGGCCCAGCCUUCCAACCAAUGGCAUCGUGGGUCGACUGAUGUAUGUAACUCCACGCAAUGCAUGCAUGCCGGUGGAUCCUCCCCCAGACAUGCCAAAGGACGGAGUGGCGUGGAUCGCUCUCAUCGCCAGGGAUCACUGCGACUUCGCACUCAAGGUUUUGCAUGCGCAACAAGCGCAGUUUGAUAUGGCCAUAGUUCAAAACAGCUUCAACAACGAUGAACUCGUCAGAAUGGGAGGAGGGAAAUAUGGCAAUGAGAUUAACAUCCCCUCAGUAUUUGUGGGAUACCACAAUGGCAUCACCCUUGGCUCAGAAUACACCUACCAGAACAAGAACAUCCUCAUCAACAUUGACGACGGUAUCCCUGACAUUGACUACAAAGUCUACCUCUGGCCCUUCGCCAUCGUCAUAGGAACAUGCUUCUGUCUCAUGUUGGUGUUUAUGGUUGCUAAAUGGUGUCGUGACAUCAGACGCCAGAGAAGGUCAAGGUUAUCGAAAAGACACCUUAAAAAGAUACCAAUUAAGAAGUUCAAGAAAGGUGACUACUACGACGUGUGUGCUAUAUGUCUGGAUGACUAUGAGGAAGGCGAGAAGAUGAGGGUAUUGCCGUGCUCACAUGCCUACCAUGUGAAGUGUAUCGACCCCUGGUUGCUGAAGAACAAGAAGACUUGCCCGGUGUGCAAGCGACGGGUGAUACCAGGCCAGGAUGCCGAGUCCGACUCAGAGUCUGACGAGGAGAACAGCACCUCCACUACACCUACGGAGGCCACCCCCCUCCUGGGAGGUCAAACCAGAAGUAGUCCCAGUCGCAGGUCGACCUUCGACACUUCAGGACUCCCAGAAGCUGUGAGGGGAGAAGUCAUGCCAGGUCAGGGGUCAAGGUCGGUCGAGGUUGAAGACGAUGAUGAGUCUGUGAACUCAGAAGAGGGGGCCGUCGGGGGAGUUGUACAGGAGUCAGUAGAGGUUGUUGUUGAAAAUGAGAAUUCACACAAUAUAAACACUAAUUACGGAUAUUCAAGCGAAGAGGAAGUAAAUGUUGUCAGUAACGACAAGAACAAGGAGAAAAAGAGAGAACUGAACCAAGUGGUUUGAAAAGACAACCUGACCCCCUGGAAACUGUAUUUACCAGUCAAUGAUAAUGAAUUGGAAGAGUCCAUCAUAUCAUCAGAGGUAGAGACUUAUGGUGAUGUGGUGGUGAUCAGUGAUUAACGGAUGAUAUUACAAUGCUGUGAUUAGAUCAAUGCUGGCAGAUUGCUUGUUGAGUCAGGUGAUGAUUUCAGCAAGUGGGAUGAAGUUGAGGAUAAACGCAGAGUAGCAGGACAGUCUUGUUAUUGAAGAUGUUUCUUGUGAGUUGAGUAAUGCUUCAGGGUUAAUGUGAAGUCACAUUCGAAUUGGUCCCUGGUAUUAAGCUGGAAGUGGGGCAUCUAAACCUCACCCCGAUAACAAGGUCGUGGACUUCGGGUGGUGUGCAGUUUGACCUUGAUGUACUUUUCUUGGUGUUACAAAACUGAACUUAUAGUUUUUUAGUUAUUUGAAAAUAAGAACGUAUAUACAUUAUUCUAUGUGUUAAUAGUAAUGAUGUGAAAGUUGGAAUGAGACACCCACCCAACCAAUCUGGUGCCUUGUCUCUUAAGCCAAUCAACAGCCAAAUACACUGAACGGAUAUAAGAAUGCUUGUGAUUGGUUAGCCCGUGGAGGGAAGUAUGUCAAGUCUCACCCUACCACAGGGAAGUGAGAUAGUUGUGAUUAUCAGUUGAAGCUCUGCUGAAGCAGGCUUACUGCAGGACGGUUGAAUUUGAAGCACUGCUGAGCUGAUUUAAUGUUUCAGCAUUGCCUAAUUAAUGUUUCAGCAUAUUGAAGCAUUGCUGAGGUAAUGCUGCAGCAUUAUUGAAGCAUUGCUGUUAUAGUUAAAGCAUUGCUGAGCUAUUGUUUCAUCAUUGAAGCAUGGCUGAGUUGAUAUUUCUGUGACUGCAGCAGUGUUUCAGCUCCUGCCACAGUGACUCGCUCACAUAGGAAAGAGUUCAGUCAUGAAGCCAGUUUAAACCAUCUGUACCUCUGCUUAACACUGUAUGAAUGUGUGACUGUAAUGUGACUGUUCUAACCACUCUUCACAGACACUCUUCCAUGUACUGCAUGCUCUAGGCAAACAAUGUUUGAUAUUUUUCUUUGUGUGUUGAUUUGUAGGAUGUUUCAGUCAUUAGUACCAUUAUUUGUUCUUCAUGUUGUGUUUAUUGUAACCACGAUGACUUCUUUCAGCAAUUAUUUGAAUGUAUUUAUUGUAGGCGAAGUCUUUCAGGUUCAAUUGUCAAAAUAGAACAUUCCAUGGUACCAUUAAGUCCUCCCUGAUUACGGCCAGAGGUCAAGAAACUGCCUGCCCCAAGCAAGACUGCUUUAAAACAGAAGAUGCCAGUUUCCCCCAUGAUGGCUUUCACUGCCCCUUCGAUGACACAGAAGACUUCUGAAACAUCUGCAACAAUCUCUACCCAUGGAAUGUCCUUCAUUAGUGACAGAUAGCCAGGGCUCCAGGUGAUUGAGGAGCCCUGUCUAGCAUAGGACUCGGUUCCUUAGUCUGUCUCACAGUCCCUGAACCUUUGUAUUUUCCCUUCCACCCAGCCCUUACUGUAAUGCUUACCUUAAUGAAGCAAGUGUAGAUUUUCCUCGGGUUCAUGCCUGAAUCUCCCAUCUCACUGGGGCUCCUUUUCAAUUCAAAGGCAGUUUGUUUCUAUCAAAAUUAUAUAUUUUCAGAGACCUAGCGUUAAUCUGUUAGUUCCUGAGCAAUAUUUGAACAGUUGAGUAGCUUGAUGGUUAAAGGGUUGACUCCUCACGCCAUGGACCUGGGUUCAAUUCCCAGAUGGUUACUAUAUACAUGUGAAGACCUACUCGAUGUUCCCAGUCUCAAUGGCUGUAAUAGUGCUUAAAGUGAUGUAUAACAUGCCCACUUAAAUCAGUAUGGGUCCCCUGGUCCUAUAUAUUUGAUAUCUGGUCCAUCACUUUCACAUGGAAUGGGUAACUUGACCAUGUUGGCCAUAUCUAUUCACAUCAGUCAGAAACUCAAGUGUGCAGGGAGAGGAGGUUUCUGUUGCCACAGAGUUGAAGUUAACGAUAAGAGUUUGUCCACGUUACCUCUGCCUCGAGAAGCUUUGAGGGACAUAUAUCACCAGUGGAAGUUGUCAAUCUAUUAGUGUUUCUUAUUGUUCAUUAUUUACUUCGAACUUAUACAUCCACAAGUGCUUUUGACAGUUCUGUGCUUGACAGAGGUAUAAGGUGGGGUUACAAACGUAAGAAUCAGUUUGAGAAGUAAAACAAUGUACAUCCCCUUCAAAGAAACUGAAGUAGUUAAAGUAGUUUGAUGUUAUUUAUUAUGAAUUAAUUGCUGCUUCCAGAAUUAGUGUAUUUUGAUUGUUAAUUUGUUUUCAAGCAUCUAAUUUGGAAGUGAUUUUGUAUUUCAGCUUCACCAACUCCUGUUUUGUACAUGUUGUAUUUCGUCUUAAGUUAGCGAUUUCUCACUCAUCUGUUGUACCAGGUAUGUGUUAGGGCUGGGACGGGUAACUCGGGUACUUGGGUCAGAUGGGUACCGAGUAGGACCCAUGGUUAGUCAUAUGAUUAUAUUGUUUAAUGACAAAAAUUAUCUAGAACUCUAUGGUUACACUAUAAGUGACAAAUGAUCACAUUUCUUUCCAUGCACACAUUCCUUCUGAUUAUAUAUGUUUGCAUAAAGAUAAAACUACAGUCAACUUCAGUGUAUGCAUGACCAAAUCAUUUUAUACCUGUAUCUAAAUACAUUUUGACAGGAGUACGGUCAAACGUUUCCCAAUCGGACAUUUUGUACCUAUCUCUUGGGACCUACAGCAGGUACCCGGGUAGGGUCGGGUAAUAGUGGGGUGAGUACCUGGGUAGUAAAUUUGGACUCGUCCCAGCCCUAGUAUGUGUGUAUGUACUGAAGUUAUUCAGUUUGUGAUAACCACACACAAUUGUUUACAGUAUAAUUUGUGCUGCUUAUCCACAGCAUUUUGUUGUCUUGCAGUGCUGGAAUUCUUCGAUAUUUUAGCUUGAUGUUAUUCUGUUUUAUACUAGUUCCACUGGACAAGCUGAAGUGUUGAGAAUUCUGGUGGAAAACAGUAAGGUAUAUCAUCUACACUGGAUAUAUCCCAGGAGAUAUGAUCAUCUGCUUGAACUUAUGGAGUUCCCAUCAUGUGUAGAGAAUAUAGUCACCGAAGGGAGAUAACUCUCAACUCUGUAUGGAUGGCUUUGUUACUGUUGUCUUUUGAGGAGUAUAUUUGGGCUAGUCAGUUUUUGACUUGGCAUAUUGCUGUCCAGUGGAAAAGGUUGAAAUAGAAGAACUCUGAGUUUGAAAAUGAGGACAAUGUUUUGGGACAUUACAGUAACUUUCUCAACUACGUUUGAUCAGACCAAUUUCCUUCAGUUAAAUCAUUUCCAAUAAUGUCAGGACAGGUGAUGCUACGUUGAAAAUAUGUC